GUUUUUGACAGUUUGGUUGUAAUCCAAAUAAACAGUGGACUUUACACUGUUUAUUAUGCAAAAUACUUCGUUUAUUUUAAAUGUACGCGUUAAUAAAACUUUAUAGAGCUUUGUUAGGCAAAUAUAACCUCACUUUCUUGAUAACGUCAAGAAAUGUAAAUACAGACAAAAUAAAGCUUGUUUCCACAGAAACUAACAAUAAUGAAGCAAAAGUAAGGCACAUGGUGACGGUGGAAGAGAUAGAAACAAGUAAUAAAGUAGAUAUUGAUGAGUUACCUGAAGAACCUACGACAUGUUGUAUGUCAGGUUGUGCCAACUGUGUAUGGUUGGAUUAUGCCGAAAAAUUAAGUAAUUAUUACAGGGAUGGAGGGGAGAAGGCUAUAAGAGACAUACAUGAGAAAGUUACUGACGAUAAUAUUAGGGCUUUUAUCCUACUUGAAUUAAGAAUGAGGGGUAAAUCAUAGAAAUUUUAGCCUGUUUUGUAUAUAUGUAAAUAGAAUAUUUAUUUUAGUAUGGUAAUAAAAAACAUUUACUUAUUAAUAUAUUUAUUAAUUACUACAAAUAUUGCCCAAUAAAACUAAAUAUUAAUCUAACAUUAUCAAGUAAUAAAAAAAAUUGUCAAAUUCCUGUUGACUGUUAAAAAAAGACAACAUUAUAGUGAUAAAUGUUCUACAUUAAUAAUUUACUACGUGCUAAUAGUGUAAAAGGCUCAGAAAACAGAAACUUGACAAGUCACCUUAAGAUAUUGAAGUGCAGAUUGUUGCCAGUCCAUCAUUUUAAUUUGUUUGGUGUAGAGUUGGGGUAAUACUUUCUCACCUGUUAGUUGAAGCUGUAAAGAUCCAGACGCAGUUGUGAAUAAAUGACCCAAAACAAUAUUUUGCUUUGUUUUUUCGAAACAAAAAACAAUUUUCAUAUAGAAGGUGUCCCAAAAAUGCUCCUACAUGAUUUUUUGAAAAGUGAUUUUGAGUACCAAAAUGUCAAAACAUUAUGUCACCUGUCAAAGUGUUAAAUAACUAAUAAAAACAAAUAAUAAAACCGCAACAAAAAAAAGAUAACUGUAAUUUUUUCUUUGUUUUAUGUUUUUUAUGCUACCAUAUUCUGCUUCUCUAUCUUUUCAAAUUCAAAGUUGAAGAAAUAACUUUAGUAUCUUUAUUUGAAGAGUUUCAUAAAUAACAGUAGGCCAUGACAACACAUUCAGUGGUGCCAAUGUAGUAAAAAAUAAAACGUAUUUACCUACAUUAAAACAAACACAUGGUAAAGGACAAUUGGCGGUCCUAUAAUUUUGCGAGUACAAAAGGAAAAUUCUUAUUGGAAUUUUAAGAGGAAUGAACCUUUGGGCCGCCAAUUUUGGGACACCCUGUAUAUAUAUUUUUUAAUUUCAUAAGAUACAAUGAUAAAUACCUCAAAAAUACGCAGAAAAACACCCUUACAAAGUGUAACGCCAUGUUUCAGCUAGUUGAACCUAUUCUCUAUUACUUCAAUGCUUAUUACUU